AUGUCUUUUGAAAACAAUUUAUUAAGAAAGACUAAACACCUUAAAAUCAAAGAUGAUCAAAUUAUAAACAUUCUUCUGCUUGGUGAAACCGGAGUAGGGAAAUCAACUUUUAUAAAUUCCAUUGCAAAUUACUUAACGUACAGUGAUUUUAAGAAAGCAGAGAAGGAGGAAUUAAUAACAUUAAUUCCUUUAAAAUGCAAAAUGAAAGAUAAGUACGGCGAAUAUCAUAUAAUCCAGAUCGGUUCUGAGGAUGAUCAAAACGAAUGUCUCGAGGUAGGAAUGUCAGCCACACAGCAUGUGAAGUCAUAUGUAUUCCCCAUAUGGAAUGGUACAGCAAAAGUGCGUUUGAUUGAUACCCCUGGAAUUGGAGACGUAAGGGGCGUCCUUCAGGAUUACACGAACUGCGAGAAUAUUCUGAGUUACAUUGGACAACUACAUGAGUUACAUGCAAUUUGUUGCCUAUUCAAACCCACCAAUUCCAGAAUAACAAAUUUCUUUAAUUAUUGCCUGACUCAAAUCCUUUCGCGCCUAGACAAAUCAGCAAGUAAAAAUUUAAUCUUCAUAUUUACAAAUACCAGAGGCAGCGAUUAUGGUCCCGGAGAUACAUUUGCCAGUUUACAGAAAAUCAUAGAUGAUAUAAAAGCUACACCACCCCACGUGGAUAUUCCUCUGGAUACUCGUAAUAAUGUGUUCUGUUUUGACAAUGAGGCGUACCGGUUUUUGGCUGCAGUAAAGAAAAAAGUCGAAUUUGGCACGUCUAUAAAACAACGAAAUUACGAGAGUUGGAAACGAUCAGUUGAUCAGUGUUUCAAUUUAAUAAAGUACAUUACCGGAGAUUCUCAACAGCCUCCAUUGAAACCCCAUUUUAUAAAAAGUACCAGCGCCAUCAACGAAGCCCGGAGACUUAUUGUACAGCUUUCUCAGCCGCUUGCCGAAAUAUCUCAACUUAUCAGUGACAAUCUAUACGCUCUGAAAAAACACAAAGAGAAUUUGGAUUUGAACUCGGAUACUUUAGAUGAACUGAGACAGAAACUAUACAUGCCCGUGAUUGGUUUAGACGUGAUAACAUUAACCCAACCUGUCACUGUAUGCGCUAGUAGAAAAUGUGCGGAAAUUUAUAAGGUGAAUGACAUUAAUAAAUGGCAUUACAAACAAAGGUGUCACGAUCCUUGUUUCCUUAAAAAUGUCCCCAAAGAGGUAGUCGGAAGCCCUGAAUUGGUGAAAUGCGCUGCUAUUGAUUCUUCAACUAGCGCGUGUAUGAAGUGUCACUGCGACUUUUCUACGCAUAUGCAUGUUUAUUACAUGACAAAAACGGUGGAAAAUAAAACAGUUGAUAAAAAUGUCAAGCAGACCAUCGACAGCAAAGAAGUGCUUCUGCAGAACGCCAGAAAAUUAAUAACUGAUAUCUCUAGGAGGAAGGAUGAACUGGAAAACGAACACAACAUUAUCGUAAGAACUUGUGCAAAGUUUGCACAUUUCUUGCAGAAUAAUGCAAUUAUACCAUUCAGCGACUCCUACAAGGACUAUAUUGAAUAUUUGAUCAUGCGCGAAAAGUCGUUAGGUCCUUUGUCUCAGAUGUCUGUGAUUCAUCACUUACAAAAGCUUCUACAAGAAUAUGAAGAGGCCAAACAAUCCUUCAGUGAGGCGCUCCUAUUACAAAAGAAAAUUGGUGAAUCCGAUGUGUUAAUAACACCACAGAAAAUUCAAGAAAGCAUACAGGAACUGUACAGGCUAAAAUAUAACGGGAAGAAGAUAAAAGAACUCUACGAAUGCCAGAAAAAAUCCCGUACCAUAGAAUACAAACAUUCAGAGUACGUACACGAGAUACCAUACCAACCAGAGGAGGACAGCAGCAAAAAUCAGAAAAAGAAUACUACUAAAAAAACAUAUCAUCAAAGCAGAGAGUCUAAUAAGGCAACUUAUGGGUACCAAACCAAAAACAACGAGAAAGGUGUAAGAGACUAUUCACAAAGUCGAUACAGAGACCAUUCUCUACCCCCAUCAUAUCCAAAUUCAUCCAAUCAUCCCCCAGAUCCAAGAUAUCAAUAUAAUUCCAGACCAUAUCAUCCUCCAUAUAAUCAUCCACGUACUCACUGCCAUUCUCGUAUCGAUCCAUGGAUCAACCAUCCUUCAAAUUAUCCAGGAAACCAGCGGCCUCAUAGCUCUCUAGGAGAUUACCCUUACAGAUAUACGCCUGUACCUGGUCCGGACAUGCAUUAUUAUCCUCCAAAUGCUUACAAUCCAGGAUAUUGCCGUACAGAUAUGGGCGUGCCAAACAGAAAUAAUGAUGUAAGAAAUAGUUAUGAACUUAAAGUGGUUUUGAACGGGUCAAAGACUGAGCCCCUACCAAAUAAUCCUCCAUCGCAUUUACCUCCUUCAGGGCAACAAUUCCAACCAGAUUUUUAUCCACCAGGAACAUCUUACUCUCCAAAUUAUGAAGAUUUUUUACACUACAAUUGUGGACGUUAUGAUAAUUAUCAUUUCCGAGGUACUGGUAGGCCACAACAAAGCCAAAGGGCACCUCAAAAUAGACCCAAUGAACGUGGUAACUAUAGUAGAGGACGUGGCGGUUAUAGAGGAAGACGAGGAGGACAACAGUGGUUUCCUAAAAAUAAUAAUUUGAAAGCAGACAGUGAUACUGAUACAGAUUAG